AUGAGUUCAACGAGAUUUGAUACUGAAAAAUUCCACGGCAAAAAUGAUUUCGCCCUAUGGCAAAUCAAGAUGCAUGCUCUGCUGGUUCAACAAGGCUUGGAUGAAGCUCUGUCUCCAUCCAGAUUCAAGCUCAAACAAGAAGAUCUAUCUGCCGAUCAAAAGGCGAAGGUGGAGCAGAUUGACAAGAAGGCUCGCAGCGCGAUCAUUUUGUGUUUGAGCGACAAGGUUUUGCGAGAGGUGGUGAAAGAAAAUUCUGCUGCUGAUGUGUGGAUGAAGCUUGAGUCAUUGUAUAUGACAAAGUCCCUCGCAAAUAGGCUUUACAUGAAGAAGAGGUUGUAUUCCAUGAGAUUCUUGGAGGAAAUUCCGCUUACGAAGGAAUACAAUAUCUUAAGUGAAGACAGGGAUGUGAUGCAAAUGUUAUCACAUUUAUCCCAAAAUCAGAGAACAUUCUCUGUGUAUGUAGAUCAUGGUUUGGAUUAUCAAGAGGAAACUCCGGAUUUGGAGUUGGAUAGAGGUUGUAAUAGUUAUGAGAUUGAGCAACAUACUCGUGAACUGAUUGAUGGACAUAGCUCAGAGGAUGAUGAGUACCAACCAAGCCAUGAAGAUGAAACAGAUGAUGACUUGGAGGAUGUGGAAUUGGCAUCUGAAGAUGAAGAAGAUGUCUUUGAUAAGCUAGUAGGUCAAGUUGAAGAUGAUGAAGGCAUUGAGACUGAGAAAGAACCUGUUGUGUCAGAUUACGAGGACAGUGAUGGUGAGAUAAAUUCAUCCUCCACUAAAGAUGAGUUUGAGGCAGCCAGGAAGAGGUCCAAAAGAGUGAGGUAG